AUGGCCCAUAGGUUCAUCAUUGAUUCCAGCCCCAUGGCCAAGGGUUCGCCGUUAACACCAGAUAGGCGACAAGCUAAUAACUUUUCGCAAUUCGGCGACGGACCGACGAGCACGACUUCAAGCACUGGGGGAGGACUGUUUGGCCAACCACGCGGCCAAAAUGCUCCUCUGGGCCGAAACUUCGGAGGGAGGCCAUCUGGGCUAAGCCGACAGCUUCGUGCCAACGGUAACGACAAGGAGGACGAUUUUGGCGACGGUUUCGACGACGACGACGAACUUCCCCCCCAGAGAGGAAGUUUGUUUCGAAGCACACCCCAGACAACUCGGGCAUCACAAAGAAACGAUGAUAUGGAAGCCGAGGUGGAGCGAUACAUCGACGAGGAAAUGGAGGAAGAACUGAGCGCGGAUGCCUCUGAAACGGGUGAUAUUUUCCUAAACAUGCGACAUGAUGACCGUGCAUAUGGUCAGCCAGUUAUUGGCGACGAUUCAGAUCUAAUGAUGCUACAAACACCUGCGGCAACGGCCAGAGUGCGCAAGGAAGCUGAGAGCAUAUAUAGCCAGUCGACUCGCUUUAGGCCUACGAGAAACCACGAGCUUCAAUUCGCCACCAUUGCCAAAGAUAUCUAUACGUAUCAAGAGCCUGCCCGAAUCACAGAGAGCCCGGACUUGAUCCUAAAGACCGAAAACCUGGUUUGCCAGCUAUACAACGAUGGGGUUGGCGCGCACGAGGACACGGAAAGACUGGAAAACUCACUUGCUAAUAUAACCUACCGACUCAUUCAACUGUGGACAGAGUACACCGAGGAGCUUCCUCCGCCAGAAGGCGAAGAUCUGGCCACCAUUGGACCACCAGAAGGCGCAGACCCGUUUGAAAAAGCUGCCUAUGUUGCCCAUCUGAUUCUCCGUAUGCACCAUGCUCGCUUCGACACAAAAACCGAGGACGAUAAGGUGCCACCAUUGCCAGAAAUUCUCUUUGACUGGUUACAAAGCAGCCACAACUUAUUUCCCAACCAAGUUCGAGAGAUUUCCAGAUAUAAGCCCAGCCCUGCAUGCCACAGCCUGUACUGGCAGACUCUGAGAAAUGCACUGCUACGGGGUGACGUAACCGGAGCACAGCAGCUUUUGAGAAAUGCUGGCUGGGAGCAUGUUCGCCGAGGACCUCUGGGCGGCCCAACGUACACUGGCAAGGCCCUCGAAAACGUACGAAGGUUUGCAGAGGCUACGUGUGAGAUGCUUGACCAAUGCCCCGCAGCACGGAACGACUGGGAGAUUCUGGAUAGCAGCUGGACUCUAUUCCGAGUCCAAGCUCGAGGCUCUCUGGAUAGACUCACCCUGUUUGCUGAAGGCAAAGACACUAGCCUACUGGACUCUCUGAACGACGGAGUCGACUCGUCCAUGUCAGCAAUGGCCAAGAAGGCGUCGAGCCAAAUUCCGUGGGAUAUUUACGAAAAUUUACAGACUGUAUAUGACAUUGUCCUGGGACAGACUGAGGCUAUCUUGGAGACGGCGCAAGAUUGGUGCGAAGCAACAGUUGCACUGUUUGGCUGGUGGGAUGAGGGAGUCCAGCGCCCCAAGAGCCUGAUGCAGUCUCAGUUUGGUGUAUCGCCCGGUAGCUUUACAGACUCUGAGGACUACUUUGAUCGACUUGUGACGGUGUUCAAUGUUGUUAUCCAAUCUGGCCUGACCCCUAACACAAUGAAUCCCGUAGAGGUUGCCCUUGCAUCUGCCUUUGAAGGCAACGUUCACGCUGUGGUUGGAUGCCUGAGAACGUGGUCACUACCAGUUGCUUGCUCAGUAGCCGAAAUCGCUUCUUUGGGCAAAUGGCUUCCGCCCCAAGAAUCUGCGAAGCCGCUACCGGCUGACAGUCUGGAUAUCGACGAUCUAAUGCUUCUUGGAGUCGGCCAGCCUACCACGGAUGAUGUCGAGGGCAUCAAAGACACAACUCUUGUUAUUUAUGCGAGAGAGCUGGCAGGAAUUGAGCACCUCUCACCACAGCGAGACGGCUGGGAGAUGGCCAUUCAGGUGCUUGGGCGGAUGGACGUUCCAGAAAAGUCAGAGGAAAUAGUUGGUGAACUACUGAGAGACCUUUUGGCAACAUUGGAUGAGAACUCUAGCACAACGGUUGAUAAGAUGUGGAGGCUGUUGAGCGACCUGGGCAUGAUGAAUUAUGCUGAGGAGACUGCAGAGACAUUUGCCGAGAUUUUGUCAAAAGAAUCUCACCGAUACGGCGAAGCUCUUUGGUAUUUUGCACUAUCUCACCGCACGGACCGAGUUCGUGAAGUGCUGAACCUUCUCAUGUCCUAUUCGCUGGUACAGUCGACGGUAUAUCCUGCCGAAGAGGAUCUUGACGAAGAUCUCAAGGGCUUGCUUCGAAACAGAUCAGAAACCUUGGAAGACAAGGCAAAGGUUGAUCUGGAAGCCGCCCAGGUGCUAGGCCGCAUGCUCAGCGGCUACGCUACGUUGCGCAAAUUCUACGAGAUCAGAGAUGAGAUUGGAAAUAUCGAAGAAACUUCACCUUCUAGGGCUCUUGCCAUGAAGAAGCAAGCUGCGUUCGCGUUGGUGGCUGUCGUCUCUAGCUCAGGCGACAACAUCCGCGGCGGGCUCUACGACGAGACAAGAGAUGCUGUGGUCAGCGAAGACUUUUUGCUGGCUCUGCUUGGCGAAACAACAGUCUUCAUCAACCAGUCGCCCUCUAUCAUCUCUCUCGAGCAACUCGACAUUCUGCUCAAGGCGAUUGAGGAUAUUCAAGCGGUGGGCACCAGAGUGUACUCGACGUGCGAAGAGUUUUUCAACCUGGUGCUCGCGUCAGGACACGGCUUGAAGGGAUCUACGCCCUCAGAUCUGAUGAAGUCGACAAGUUCGCUGAGUGGUAGUACAUAUAUGAUGAGUGGCAGUUCACUUCUUGCUAGUCACAUGCAAAAGUCUAUCAUGGGAGGAGGAGGCAAAGUGAACAGGGGCUGGGACUGGCGGAAGGGCUGGCUUGCUAAUACCAAGGGAGAAGACGUGAUUCGCAAGCUGAGAUUAGGACUGGCCAAAGAUCUGGCUUCACUAUGGCUGGAUGAUGCCGAUGGGCGCCAGCGCCAGCUCUUUGGUGCAAUGACGUGCGCCACUUUGCCCCGAUUCUCUCCCGCCGCCGGUCUCCAAUCCGAUACCGCGCAUUGCCAAUCUCAAAACUUUCACCCCACCAAAAAGUUUGUUCGUGGGAAUGAAUCACGAGCGCAGAAGAUGGCACCAAUUGAACUGGCAGGUCGUUCUGGAGGCGCCAUGACUAGCCUUUUGCGACGAGCGGGAUCCGGCUCCGCGGCCGGAGCUCUGAACCGCACUCUAUGCACUUCUUCGACCAGGCGAUUCUCGAGCGUCAAGUCCCUGCCGCCGACGUACGAGAAGCUCUUCAACAGAUACACCGAAGUGCGCCGAGUCCUGGGCAAGCAGCGCCUGACGCUCGCUGAGAAGAUUCUCUACAGCCACCUGGACAAUGUCGAAGAGUCACUUCUGACCAACACGGACAAUGGAUCCAGCAUCCGCGGCAAGGCCAACCUGCUGCUGAAGCCCGACCGGGUCAACAUGCAGGAUGCGUCUGCGCAGAUGGCGCUGCUACAAUUCAUGUCGUGCAAUCUGGAGAGGCCGGCCAUCCCUGCGAGCAUCCACUGCGACCACCUGAUCGUGGGCGCAAAGGGCGCAGAGGACGAUUUGUCGACGGGCAUCCAGGCGAACAAGGAGAUUUUCGACUUCUUGGAGUCUGCGGCGCGCAAGUACGGCAUGGACUUUUGGCCGCCUGGCGCGGGUAUCAUUCACCAGACCGUGCUGGAGAACUAUGCUCUGCCGGGUCUGAUGAUGCUGGGCACUGACAGCCACAGCCCCAAUGCUGGCGGUCUCUGCACUGUCACGAUUGGUGUUGGAGGUGCCGAUGCCGUUGAGGCGCUGGUUGGCGCCCCGUGGGAGCUCAAGGCCCCCAAGGUUCUUGGUGUCAAGCUCACUGGUAGCCUGAACAACUGGGUUGCUCCUAAGGAUGUCAUCCUGAAGCUGGCUGGCGAGCUGACGGUUCGUGGCGGCACUGGCUCCAUCAUCGAGUACUUUGGCCCUGGUGUUGACACUCUGAGCGCUACUGGUAUGGCUACUAUUUGCAACAUGGGCGCCGAGGUUGGCGCAACAACAUCCCUCUUCCCUUACACUGAAGCUUCUGCUCGUUACCUCGAGUCUACCCGCAGAGGCCAGGCUGUUGAGAACAUCAAGGCCCUGCAGAGCUUCCCCGGAAACAGCGCCUCUGAGGAUUCCCGCUUCCAGUUCAAGGCCGAUGAAGGUGCCGAGUAUGACCAGCUCAUCACCAUCAACCUCUCUGAGCUGGAGCCCCAUGUCAACGGCCCCUUCACUCCCGACCUGGCUACCCCCCUGUCCAAGUUCAAGAAUGUCGUCAAGGAGCAGCAGUGGCCUGAGAAGCUAUCUGCCGGUCUUAUCGGCAGCUGCACCAACAGCUCCUACGAGGACAUGACCCGUGUGGAGAGUCUCCUCAAGGAGGCGGCCGACGCUGGUCUUAAGCCUGCUGCUGAUUUCUACAUCACCCCUGGUAGUGAGCAGAUUCGCGCCACUCUGGAACGUGACGGCACUCUUAAGACUUUUGAGGCUGCCGGCGGCGUGUUGCUAUCUAACGCUUGUGGUCCUUGUAUCGGCCAAUGGCAACGACAGGAUGGUGUUACCAAGGGAACCUCUAAUGCUAUUCUCACCUCAUACAACCGCAACUUCCGUGGUCGAAACGAUGGCAACCCCGAAACUAUGAACUUCCUUGCCUCCCCCGAGAUUGUCACCGCCAUGGCCUUUGCUGGUUCAACCACAUUCAACCCCAUGACCGACACUAUCAAGACCCCCUCUGGCAAGGACUUCAAGUUCUCUCCCCCUCACGGUCUUGAAGGCCCCCAGACUCCCUUUGAAGCCGGCGUCCCCUCACUCGGUGUCCUCUCCCAGCAGCCCGACCCCAGCAUUCAAGUCGCCGUCUCCCCAUCUUCCGAUCGUCUCGCCUUCCUCGAGCCCUUUGCCCCUUUCCCCGAGUCCGACCUCUCCGGCCUCCGCGUCCUCGUCAAGGUCACCGGCAAGUGUACCACCGACACAAUCUCCGCCGCCGGCCCCUGGCUCAAGUACAAGGGCCACCUCCCCAACAUCAGCACAAACACCCUCAACACCGCCACCAACGCCGAGACGGGCGAGGUCAACGCCGCCUACGAUCUCGACGGCUCCAAGCACACCAUCCCCGAGCUCGGCCAGCUGUGGAGGGAGCGCAACCAGGAGUGGCUCGUCGUCGCAGAGCACAACUACGGCGAGGGAUCGGCUCGUGAGCACGCCGCUCUGCAGCCUAGAUACCUCGGCGCGAGAGUCGUCCUGACAAAGUCUUUUGCACGCAUCCACGAGACGAACCUGAAGAAGCAGGGCGUUGUGCCGCUGACGUUUGAGAACGAGGCUGAUUACGACAAGAUUGGAGCUGGUGACGAGGUUAGCACUGUGGGACUGUACGAGAUGCUCCGCAAUAAGGGCAAGGGAGAUGUUCAGCUCAAGGUCAAGAAGGCCAGUGGCGAGGAAUUUUUGAUCCCGACGAAGCAUGCUGUUAGCAAGGACCAGGCGGGAUUCAUCUUGGCUGGCAGUGCGCUGAACUUGCUGUCCAAGGGCGUAUAA